AUGUACAAAAUAACUUCACAAAUUCAAAAGCGCUUGUUCAGGCAGAAUUUUAAUAUAACCUCGAAAGGGAUAACACAAAUGGGCGGUAGUGAAAAUAUUGACAACAAUAAUAAAAAUAUUAACAGUGGUAGCAAUAGCAGCAGUGGUAACAAUGGCAACAGUAGGGAUGGUAAUGAGGAAAAUGAAGCAGGAACAACAAUUAAAGGGGCUAAUAAUGACGAAAAGGAUAAUAUUUGUCAUAAUAUAGAUUUAAAAUCAGAUAAUAUAACUAGUGGGUUAAGCAAUAUUAUUCUUCAUUGUGAUGAUGAAUUGGAGUUCGAAAUAAAUAAAAUGAUUGAAAGAAAUGUUGUAUAUUUAAAUUUAAAAAAUCAUGAUGAAAAAGUUCGUAAAAAUAAUACUAAUAAUAGUAACAAUAAAACAAUAAAACGAAUAAAAAAAGAUAAAAAUAAGAGUAAAAAAAAUUUUAAAAACAGUGAAUUAAAACAAUUAACACAAGCAGGAAAAGACUUGGAAAAAAAAAUGCUAGAUGAAAUUAGUGAAAGAAGAAAAAAAAAUAAAAUAAAAAAAGAACAGAAAAAGGCUAAAAAACUAGAAGGAGAAUUAAAAGUGGGAAAUAUGACUGUCAUUAAAGAUAUUACAAAAAUUCGAAAAAAGGAUAAAAAAGCCAAAAAUAAAAUUUAUAAAUUGUCAUCUGACGUGAUACAUAAAAUUUUAAAAAGGAAAUAA